ACGAGACGUAUUGUGAAGGGAUUCCACACCAAGAAAACCAACUCAUUUGUGAGGGCAUGUAUUGCCUACUCUUUCAUUACCAUUCCCUCACUCGACGACGUGAUACUUCGCCUUCAGCUCUACUUAUCGAGUAGUUAUGUCUCUUUAAUCAAUGGAUGUUUGCCCCAAACGGACUCAUUUCUCAAAACAGCCAUAACAUUGAUUCAACAGUUACCACAAUAUAUUGACUCGAGUGAUGGUCGGCCCAAAUCUACGGAUCCAUUUCUCUUGUCAUACAUCUCCCAAUUGCUGUCAUUCCUAUUGAUAGUUCCCGACAACCCGGACGGACCCGAACCUCUAUAUCUGUUUAAAGGAUUAGAGUCAUAUCCCUAUCACAUAAGCAAAGUCGACUCAAACGAUACGUUAUAUGGAAAUGAAAGUCAAUUUAUGGAACAGAUAAGUUCUUUGAGUGGAACCGUUCUCAACGAUAUUCUCGAAUAUUUGCAACAACUCUCUGAUGAAGGACAAUACAAAAGGCAGUCGUCGGUGGCUUUGGAGCUGUUCUGUCGGAUUAUAUCUCACGGAGACGUCAAGAAAAUGCAUAAACUUCUUAUCAAUUUGUGGCAAUUGUCUAAAAAGAACUCUUCGCCUGAUAUUAAGCGCUCAGAAAUUGCGAUUAAAUACUUAAGACAAAAGGCCAGCCAUUCAUCAAAUCCCAUUCUAUUGGAUCUGUUGUUUAAAAUAGACAAUAGAUCCUAA